AUGACGUGCGGCAACGACUCGUCAUACCUGUGUUCGCCCUCAUCGGUGAUGUCUCCCACUUAUGGGACACUGAAUGGACGCACAGAACAGAACCAAUUGAACAACACUUUGCAUAAAUUGGUGGCCAAAGUGAUAGACGUCUCGUCGAUCGACAAUAACAUCGAACAAAGCGAUUGGAAUGAAAGACAGAGGACUUAUGGCCACAGAUUGGCCGGCAUUAAGAAACCACUGCUUCUUAAGUCCAAACACUUGGCGUCACAGCAAACUCAAGUGAAUCCCAUAAACAGUCGAAACCUAACCGUCGAUCCCAUCAGCGAAGAAGACCUCAAUCUCAUCAACUAUUUCAGCGAAAGGGCGAGUCUUGCGGUUCACAACGGAUUCAAAGUCCACUGCGAAGAAUCAUUUACAUCGACAAUGAGUUCAUCCGAUUUGGUUUGGAGUCUCAAGAAUGGAGACUUGGAUUCAGUGAAAGAACUCUUCGAAUCAAAGAAAGUGGACGUCAACGCCUCCCUCGACGGCCGAUCGGCCAUUCAUUACGCGGCCGAUUACGGCCACAAAGACAUCAUAGAGUACCUGAUCGGGAAGGGAGUGGAGCUGAAUGUGGUGGACAAACACGGCAUUACACCGCUAUUGGCCGCUAUAUGGGAGGGACACACGGAGUGCGUGCGGCUCAUGAUCGCCGGCGGCGCCCAUAAGAGCGGCCAAACGCCUGACGGCAAGAACUACUUGGAAGCGGCGGAAAAGCCAGAAAUUAAAUCACUCCUAAAGUAAUGGUAUUUUUGAAACGCUUUAAUCAAAGCUUAAGUCAAUUUGUGAUUUAAAUUUGGAUGAAUUUCCGUAAAAAACAAUUUUUAUAUACAUUUGAAUACAAUAUUCGGUCUCUAAUUAUAUAUUAUUUAUUCUUUUAUAAAAACCGC